UCCAUCCCGGGCGGGACGUUCUCCGCUGCCGGCUGUCCCAUCCCGGCCGGGACAUUCCCGGCUGUCCCAUCCCGGGGCGGGAAUGUCGGGGGGCCGCGGUGUCCCUGGCGGUGGCGGCGGAGCAGGAGCCCCGCGGGAGAGCGAGGCGCGGUGAGUAAGCAGCCGGCCGGGCCCGCGCGGAGCAGGGCGGUCGCUGCCCUCGCCCGCGGAGGGAGCGAUGGAGCCGACGGCCUUGAAGCUGCUUCCACCGGACCCGGGAGAUGAGGGCACGCAGCGCUGCCGGCUGGGACCUGCCGCGCUGUCCUUGCUGGGGGCCCGGCUCGGCGCCCCGCUGAGGAUCUCGCUGCCCGGCGGGUGCUGCGUGUGCACGGCGUGGCCCCGGCACGACCUGGCCGACGGGUUCCUGCAGGCCGACCUGACCUGCAGCACCGCGGGCCUGGCCCCGCCGGCCCUGCGCGGGCUCUCGCUGGAUGUGCGGCAGCUGGAGCCGCUGCCCCACCGGCGGCUGGGGAAGGCGGCGGUCAGGGUGGUCCUCAGGAGCGCCGCGCUGAAAAAGUCGACUCCCAGAGCGGUGUUGCAGGAGACGGUCAGAGAACUGUUGAGAAAUGUUUAUGUUUUGCCUCGUUACGUUGUAACUGUUGCCCCAAGUCCCGAAAAUCCCGUGGUGUAUAUUGAAAUACUGUCUGCAGACUCUUUGGUGGAGGAAGCUGGAUUGAUAACCCCCCAAACAAGCAUAAAAAUUAAGGAGGUGAUCACUUUAGAAUGGUACAGACAUUUGUCAGAAGGCAUUGCAAAAACUUCAGUUGCAGGACUAGAUGAUGUGGGAAAGUCUUUGAAAGAAAUGAUCGAUCUGCCUUUGCGCUUUCCAAAAACUUUUAAGAACCUGGGGCUUUCUGUCCCUAAUGGAGUGCUGUUAAUUGGGCCCCCAGGUGUAGGGAAAACUCUUAUGGUAAAGGCAGUAGCAGAAGAGGUGGGUGCAUUUCUGUUUGGCGUCAGUGGCCCAGCCCUCCAUGGCUCAAGGCCAGGAGAAGGUGAAGAGAAUUUGAGGAGAGUCUUUGAAAAAGGCAGAGAGAUGUCACAGGAAGGCCCAACCAUUCUCUUCUUUGAUGAAAUUGAUUCUUUGUGCCCGAAGCGAGGAAGUUCAAGCAAUGCUCCUGAAGAUCGGAUCGUUGCUCAGCUGCUCACGCUCCUGGAUGGUGUAAGGAGCGAGGGUAAGAUGGUCAUUGUGGCAGCAACAAACAGGCCAGAUGCCUUAGACCCUGCACUCAGAAGACCUGGCAGAUUUGACAGAGAGGUUAUUAUUGGGACCCCAACAGUCACACAAAGAAGAUCCAUCCUGCAGUUGCUUACGUCUGAUAUGCCCAUUUGUGCAGACGUUGAUUUGGCUCAGCUGGCAGAGCUGACCCCUGGGUAUGUGGGAGCUGACCUCACAGCACUCUGCAGGGAAGCUGUUAUGCAGGCUGUGUCCCACAGCUCCUUGGAGUCAACUGAAACUGAAACCAUGAUUAACAUGGGAGAUUUCCAAGAAGCUUUUAAAAAAAUUCAACCAUCCUCUUUUCGAAGUGCAGUUGGACUAACAGAGUGUAAACCUGUGACUUGGGAGCAAAUUGGUGGUCUUGAAGAUGUAAAAUUAAAGUUAAAACAGAGUAUUGAGUGGCCUAUGAAGUUUCCUCAGGCAUUUGCUAGGAUGGGCCUGUCCCAUCCCAAGGGUCUCCUCCUCUAUGGGCCUUCUGGCUGUGCCAAAACCACGCUGGUGAGGGCUGUGGCCACCAGUUGUCACUGUUCCUUUCUCUCUGUAAGUGGUGCUGAUUUGUUCUCACCUUAUGUUGGAGACUCGGAGAAGAUUUUGUCUCAGGUUUUCCGGCAAGCAAGAGCAAACCCUCCAGCAAUAAUAUUCCUGGAUGAGAUUGACACUCUCCUGGGGUCUCGGUCACACGGCAGAACUGGCCCUGGGGUCUCACAGCGGGUUCUGUCUGUUCUCCUCAACGAGUUGGAUGGUGUUGGGCUCAAAGUUACAGAAAGAAGAGGAGGCAAAUUACAGCUUGAGGGGCAGUGCCAAGAACAAAGUGAUGAUGAGGAAAGAAAGCUAGAGUUUCAGGAAACUUUGAACAAAGAUUUCAUGGUAGUUGCUGCAACAAAUAGACCAGAUAUGUUGGAUGAUGCCUUAUUGCGUCCUGGAAGGUUGGACAAGAUGAUCUAUAUUCCACCUCCAGAUCUGAAGGGAAGACUUUCCAUUUUGAAAAUCUGCACUGAAAAAAUUCCAUUGGAUACUGAUGUGUCACUACAAGAUGUGGCGGCCCUAACAGACCUCUUCUCUGGAGCUGAUAUUGAAAAUCUGUGCAAGGAGGCUGCUUUGUUGGCUUUGCAAGAGAAUGGACUUGAAGCAACUGCUGUAAAACAUGAGCAUUUUGUGAAAUCAUUGAAGACUGUAAAACCAUCCUUAAAUAGAAAAGACUUGGAAUUUUAUGAAAAAUUUUAUAAUCAAGAAUUAACCUCUUGAAUCAAAAAGGAGUGGCAUAGGUAUUUUUAAAUAUAUUGCAAAGAUUUUGAAAAGGCUUACAUCUUUCCUGCUUUUUAAUACUGUACUUACUGGAGGUUUCAGGGUGUAUGAAAUACAGUAAAGUUUCACUUGUCAAAGGUCUGUAAUUUCGAUAAUGAAUAAUAAAUUAAAGUCUUGUUUGCUUUGGAUAGGUUUACAUCUGAUGAAACAAGUAAUUGAGAUACUUAGAUAAAGCACUGUGGAACAGCUUAGUGUUACUGUAGAUUUCCCAGUUUUCAGUAUAAACACUGGCAUCACGAGAGUAUUUAAUUUAUAAUGUGUUGAGAAGUCUUCAUAGGACAGUGAAUAUUUAAAAAGUAGAAAAGCUUUCACAUGUUCAAUAGGAGGAAGUAAGUCCCAUUCUGUAUAAAAUGUGAAGUGUUUUAUAUGUGCCUAUUCACAGGCUUACUUUCUUACAAGCAGAUUCCAAAAUAUAGUGGCAGUGAAAAAGUUGUCAGUGCUUAAUACCUUGUUGUAGGUUUGGAAGUCUGGAGUUUUAGGAGUAAUUUUAGGUCAGUUACUGCUUACUGUACAAACAUUUGGAUUGAGUAAGCAGGUAAGAAGUAUGCAAUCAGCUCAAACUGUAAUAAUUUCUUUAGAGAAGGUAGUUUGCUUUAUAACAAUUUGUGCAAAAUUCUUUUCCUUACCUAACCAUUCUUUGUCAGUAUAUUUUUGUAAGUCACCUUCUAAAAUACAGUUAUAUCCAAGGAAA